AUGAGACCUACUCAAUUUAUUUUGAAUGCAUCCAAGAAGAAACCUGGCGUUGGUGUGCCUGUUGAACUAACACCUUUGUUUUUCGCCAUGGGUGUCGCUAUAGCGUCCGGUUGCUGGUUCACAUACAAAAAGUUUGCUUACGACACCAGUUUGAGAGUGGGCAGAACCAACCCAGACAGAUCCGGCUUGAAGGAAGUCUUGGAAUCGGCCGAAAAAUCUGAGUCGUCUGAAAAAUAA